AUGCUGUCAGCAGCUCAUGGGUUUGCAUUAGUAACCCCUGCCUCGCGAGGACUGGGGUUCGCCUUCGUACAGCAGCUCCUGACCCGGACCGAGCUCCCUGUGAUUGCAACAGCCCGCAAGAACUGCGAUGAGCUCCAAGAACAAUUGCUGUUAAGUAAGGGCAUGCCCAAAGACGCAGAGCAAAGACUCUGUAUUUUCCAAGUUGAUGUAACAGGUAAAAAAAGGCAAUUCAAUUCCAGGAAAUACAUCCCUCUCGGCACUACUAGGCUAACCGACUCCCUAGAUGAGUCCACGAUAUCGGCAAUGGCAGACGCAAUCCGCCGGAAAUAUCCGAGCACACCACUUAGGCUGGGACUGACGAUCCCCGGCAUUUUGCAUGCGGAAAGAUCACCCAGUAAAAUCGACGCUGCCAGUGCGCUGGAGAGCUUCAAAGUCAACUCCCUCGGCCCGUUGUUACUCAUGAAGCACCUCUCUCCAUUCCUCCCAUUAAAAUCCUCACCAGAAUUCUCGACAACAGAGUCCAGCUCUGCAAUAGACUUCCAAGGACCGCUGUGGUUGCCCUCGCAUGCCAUAUAUGCAAUGAUGGCCGCUCGAGUCGGCUCAACAUCCGACAAUGCCUCGGGCGGGUGGUAUUCCUAUCGUGCAAGUAAGGCAGCUGUAUUUCAAUUAGCGAAGACUUUUGAUUUGCAUUUGCGCGCGAAGAGUGCCCAGAGAGCAAUUUCUGUGGCGCUGCACCCUGGGACUGUACACACAGAUUUUACAAAAGAUUACUGGGGAACGAGGGAAAUGCUGGAGCCGGUUGACGCAGCCGAUAAGCUGUUGGAGGUACUUGUGGGGUUGUCACCAGACACCAAAGGAGGGAGAGGGAGGUGUUGGGAUUGGAUGGGGAAGGAGGUUUUCCCGUGA